AAGAGCCCAUUUUUUCAUUCAACCGUCACCCACCACCCCCUUAUCAAUUUUCAUCAUAAAUUCUCCUUCCUUCCUUCCUUCCUUCCUUCCUUGUUGUAUUGCUUCUUCUUCUUCAUCCAUGGACUCUGUCUCUGAUCCCAUCAGUUCGUGUUCAAGCGAGCAUCAGAAAAUCUAUCAUCAAUGGUUCAACGUCGCCGAUUCUGAUGGAGACGGCCGGAUCACUGGAAAUGACGCCAUCGAUUUCUUUGCCACGUCCAAGUUAUCCCGAUCUGAACUCAAGCAGGUUUGGGCAAUUGCAGAUUCUAAAAAGCAAGGAUUUCUUGGAUUUAAAGAGUUCAUCACAGCAAUGCAGGUGGUGUCUUUAGCACAAAUGGGGCAUGAAUUAACUGCCCAUCUCCUAAAAAAGAAUGUUGAUACAACGACUUUAGAACCUCCAAUUAUGGAAGGUCUGGAUGAUCUCAUAGCCAGAGGUAGGAAGAUCCAUCACAUCACUAGGGGAAAUGAAACUAAUCAUCAGCAAUUACCAGCUUCAAUUAAUUCAUUUUCAUCCAGAUCCAAUAAGAAGCAGGAAACUCCUAUGAUAGUUACAUCAGUGAUUGAUGGAUUGAAGAGGCUAUAUAAUGAGAAGCUUAAGCCUUUAGAAAUUGCAUACCAGUUCAAUGAUUUUGCUUCCCCAUUAAUGACAAACAGCGACUUUGAUGCUAAACCUAUGGUUAUGCUACUUGGACAAUAUUCAACUGGAAAAACUACAUUUAUAAAGCACUUGUUAAAAUGCAGUUAUCCAGGGUCUCACAUUGGUCCAGAACCAACAACUGACAGAUUCAUAGUUGUCAUGUCUGGACCUGAUGAAAGAAGCAUACCUGGGAACACGAUUGCCGUUCAUGCAGAGAUGCCCUUCACUAGUCUAACAACGUUUGGUGGGGCAUUUUUGUCAAAAUUCCAGUGUUCCCAAAUGCCCCAUCAUCUGCUAGAGAAUAUUACACUUGUAGACACACCAGGUGUUCUAUCUGGAGAGAAGCAACGCACACAAAGAAGCUAUGACUUCACGGGUGUUAUAUCAUGGUUUGCAGAAAAAUGUGAUCUUAUUCUCCUUUUAUUUGAUCCACAUAAGCUUGAUAUCAGUGACGAGUUCAAGCGUGUCAUUUCAUCACUACGUGGCAAUGAUGACAAGAUAAGAGUAGUGCUGAACAAAGCAGACCAAGUUGAUACCCAACAAUUGAUGAGAGUUUAUGGUGCCUUGAUGUGGUCACUUGGAAAAGUUCUGAAUACUCCAGAAGUUGUGCGUGUAUACAUUGGGUCAUUCAAUAAUGAUGAGUCUGUCAAUGAAGGUGUUGUUGGUUUCAGAGGGAAGGAGCUAUUUGAGAAAGAGCAAGACGACCUUCUUGUAGAUUUGAUGGACAUUCCAAAAAAAGCUUGUGAUCGUCGUAUAAACGAAUUUGUAAAGCGGGCCAGAGCUGCUAAGAUACAUGCUUACAUAAUUAGCCAACUGAAGAAAGAGAUGCCAGCUGUCAUGGGCAAAUCCAAAGCUCAACAGCGUCUAAUUGACAACCUUGAAGAUGUUUUUGCAAAGGUCCAACGAGAUAAUCAUUUAGCAGCAGGAGAUUUUCCAGAUGUGAAUCAUUUCAAAGAGAUUUUAAACAACUAUAACAUUGAUAAGUUUGAGAAACUGAAACCUAAGCUAAUUCAAGCAGUAGAUGACAUGGUUGGGUAUGACAUCCCUAAUCUCUUGAACAAUUUCAGAAACCCCUACGGUUGAAAACGCUUUUACAAUUGCAUGUUUUUUUUUUUUUUUUUUUUUCUUUCUAUAAGAAUUGAUGAUGAUGAUGAUGUAAUAUUUUAUCUUUAGACGAUUUGUUGAAUCUCAUAGUGAAACAAUUAUUUUGUCAAAUUGGAUGGUGGAUGUGAGUAUUAUAAAUGAAAGGUGUUAUG